UCGUAGACAUGUUCACAUCGACAGAACUAAAAGAAUCGCGAAGAAAAUAUCGUUUUUUGUUCCCUCGAGUGUUCAGGCAUUCUUAAAAUAAGAUAAAGAGAAGGAGGAGGAGAAAGUGCCGGGGCCUAUAUGCUCAUGCAAAUUCGUUUCAGAACGAGGGCGCUUCCACAAUCCUCCAAUGCUCGGAUUCUCGAGAGCCGGUGCGGUGACCAUCGAAUCGCAGGAGAAUAAAUUUCUUGGGUUAUUUAUUAAAUUGUCUGAAGUUGCUCCCACAAAUGACCCAAAAAAAACCCAGGAACGCUUGGCAUAACGGUGAUCAUUAGCUUUGCUCUCCUCCCAAAACCUUUUCCUCUCCCUCUCUCUUUCUUUGCUUUCCUCUUUCUCCACUUUCCUUCCUUAACCCUUAAGUCUUCUUUGUCUCUGUCUCUGUCUCUGUCUCUCUUCAUCUCCUUCCUCUUCAUAUCUUUGCAAGCACCAGUGAUCAAGAAAAGACCCUCCAUCAAGUACAGCAAAUCCAUCCCCCUGAAAUGGCUGAUGCAGACACCGGCACCAGGAAACAGGGCCUGGUCUCAGAGCAAAACCCAACAAGGACAAGUAAGUUCUUCACUCACUUCCUGUACAAAGCCCUCGUGGCCGUGGUCUUCCUCGUGAUCCUCCCGCUCUUCCCUUCCGAAGCCCCCGAGUUCAUAAACCAGACCGUGACCAACAGAAGCUGGGAGCUUCUGCACAUCGUGGUCGUGGGCAUUGCGGUCUCCUACGGCCUCUUCAGCAGGAGAUCGAAGGAGGAGUUCGAGAAGGAGAACGGUCCCUCCAAAUUCGAUAGCGCGCAGUCCUAUGUGUCUAGGUUCCUUCACGUGUCCUCUGUUUUUGACGACGAGGCCGAUAGCCUGUCCGGGUCCGAUGACAACAGGGUCCAGACCUGGAGCAGUCAGUAUCUUAGGAAUGAGCCGAUGUUGGUUGUGGCUCCGGAGAGCAAUUCCGUUGAUGAGCAGAUAAGUAAGAGCUCCAGGAUCGGGGAAAAGCCGUUGCUUUUGCCCGUCCGGAGCUUGAAGUCGCGGGUCUCGGACGAUUCUACGGAUGCUGCUGAUGAGCCUGGCGGCGUGUCGAACUCGUUCGGUAGGUCUAGUUCCAGUUUCGGGUCGAAGAGGGUUUCGAAGGGCUCGAUGAAGAAGAGGAAUGCGCCGCCGCUCGUGGAUUUGGAUCUCGCCGAGCCGGAGGAUAAUUCUAACGAAAAUAACAUCGUCCUGCCAUCGCCUAUUCCUUGGCGAUCGAGAUCAGGACGGAUGGAAGUGAAGGAGGAUUUAGACAUUCCUUCGAUGGAGGAAUCUGAGACCAAUCUGUUCGAGGCUCGGCCCGCUAGGCCUCAAACGUCGCGGUUGUCUCGACCCAAUUCCACUGCUCCGUCCCCGAAGCUGUCGCCUUCUCCGUCCUUAUCUUCGCCGAGGAAAUCAUCUCCAUCGCCUUCUCCAUCCUCGGAGUCGCAAGCGAAGACUCUGGAGGAUCCGGUGAGAAGAAGGAGCUCUCACAAGUAUUCUUCUCCUCCAGUCCCUCCACCACCCCCACCGCCGCCGCCACCUCCGAUGUAUUUCAAAUCAUCGUCCAUGAAACCGAAUUCGAGUUCGAGUUCUCGGGUCAAUGGAAUUUCAUAUGAGAAGGACAUGAGAAGGAGCUUCUCGAGUGAGUACAAGGACACGAAUGGAAGCAACAGGGAAAUUCCAAUGAGGAAAGCCAAUCCAGGGUCUGAUGUGAAUUCAAGAGGACUUGAUGAUGUUUUGUCAGCAGGAAAGUCGAAGAGGACAACAAGAGCUGGCGAGCCGGUCUCCGGUACCUGGAAAGGAAGAGAUGCUAGAGACUAUUACCUGAACGAAGUGGCAGAAAUGGAAUUUGAAGAUGAUUUGGUGAACCCACCGAGAAGAAAGACCGUAAAAUUCGAUCAAACUUCAUUCGCGACCGAGAGCACAGGGAGGCCGGAAUUUCUUGAAAAGAUGGUUGUGGAAACAGACGAAGAUUCAGAGAGCGAGGAAGAUGCCUUCGAAGGAGCUUCGCACGAUGAUGAAGCUGAGGCUGAUUCGAGCAGCGUCAGUGACGGAGGACCAGAUGUGGACAAGAAAGCCGAUGAGUUCAUAGCUAAAUUUAGGGAGCAGAUCAGGCUUCAGAGGAUCGCAUCGAUCAAGAAAUCGAGUGCGGAGAUCAGUACGAAGUCUUCUAGGUAGAUAUUAACUUGAAAACCCGUUCCCACUUGUCGAGGGGAUAUAAUCCAAAGUAUUUCGAUAUUGUUCUUGGAUUUUCUUUUCCUUUUCUCUUUCCGACCCUGGUUUUAUGUUUGCAUGUGCUUAUAUGAUCUACUUCAAAGGCAUGAUAACAGUGAUUUGAACUUAGCUUGCAGUGUAGAGAAAAAGGAUGGUCAUUCGAUGGAAUUUAUUUCCUUGUAACUGCCGGUUGCAUUUGAUAGCAGUUUCAUGGC